CGUUUUUCUGAAGAGUGUGUGUGGCCAGAAGCAGUCAGCGUCGCUACAGCUUUUCCAGAGUCAGGCCAAGCCUUCAAUUGGACACCAGAGGCGUUUUGGGAGGAGCUUCGCAGGCAGCAGAAAGAAAAAUGUAACUGCGUAAAAAAGUCCUCUCUAGUGACGGAUGCUCAAAGUUCAGAAGUUUUCCAAUGUUCUCUUCAGCAGACAGCGGCGGCAACAGCUGAAAUCGCCCUCAAGAUCUGAGACUAUACGCUUUCCCGAUUUCCUCGCUGACAAAACAGGAGCUUGGCUUUGAAUACAAAACAAAAUCGACCGAAAACUGGAAGUGUACAAGCUACUGACGCUGGGAAGUUUGUUGAUCUGAGUUGCAGCGUGGGACUACUGGGGAGAGAAGAAAUGCAGGCGCGCUAUUCUGUAUCGAGCCCGAACUCGCUAGGCGUUGUGCCCUACAUUAGCAGCGACCAGAGUUAUUACAGAGCUGCCGGUGGGGGAUACACAGGGAUGCCAGCCCCUAUGAGCAUGUACUCCCAUCCGGCUCACGACCAGUACCCUGCUAGCAUGGCUCGGGCGUAUGGACCUUACACGCCGCAACCUCAACCCAAGGAUAUGGUAAAGCCGCCGUACAGUUACAUCGCCCUCAUCACUAUGGCUAUCCAGAACUCUCCGGACAAGAAGGUGACCCUGAACGGGAUCUAUCAGUUCAUAAUGGAAAGGUUUCCGUUUUACAGAGACAAUAAACAAGGCUGGCAAAACAGUAUUAGGCACAACCUGUCCCUCAAUGAGUGCUUUGUCAAAGUUCCCCGUGACGACAAAAAGCCCGGUAAGGGCAGCUACUGGACUCUGGACCCCGACUCCUACAACAUGUUCGAGAACGGCAGCUUCCUGAGGCGAAGGAGGCGCUUCAAAAAGAAGGACGCCUUGAAGGACAAGGAGGAGAGGGACCGGCAGAUUAAGGAGCCGACGUCCAAGCAACAGGGACGGGAGCAGGAGCCGUCCGUGCCGGGCUCCCAGCCUGUGAGAAUCCAAGAUAUAAAAACCGAAAACGGGACGUCAACGCCUCCCCAGGCGGUGUCCCCUAGUCUCAGCACUGUGCCCAAAAUCGAGAGCCCCGACAGCAGCAGCAGCAUGUCCACGGGCAGUCCCCACAGCAUCCCGUCAAACCGAUCCAUCAGCCUGGAGAGCUCCGACCAUCACCACCACAGCCAGGCCCCGACCCAGGGAUUCAGCGUAGACAACAUCAUGACAUCCCUGAGGGGGUCACCCCAGGGCGCGACAGAGCUCUCCUCCAGCCUCGUCGCCUCGUCCAGGACAGGUAUAACCCCGUCUUUGUCGCUAAACUAUUCUCCGAGCCAGACGUCAAUCUACAGUUCGCCUUGCAGCCAGAACGUCAUUUCCACCACCACGAACACCGGCGCGACUUACCACUGCAACAUGCAGGCUAUGAGUUUGUACGCUGGGGAUCGAUCCGGGCACCUGGCCCCUACGACCACCGUGGACGAAACCUUACCAGAUUAUUCCAUCACAACCACCACUUCUUCGCUGACCCAUGGUAACCUAAACUCGGGUCAGGACAGCCACCACCCCCACCAAGGACGGCUCGCUUCGUGGUACUUGAACCAAGCAGGGGAUCUGAGCCACCUGGCCACUGCCACCUACCCCGGGCAGCAACAGAACUUCCACUCAGUGCGAGAGAUGUUUGAAUCGCAGAGAAUUGGUUUGAAUAACUCGCCGGUGAACGGGAAUAACAGUUGUCAAAUGUCUUUUCCUUCCAGCCAGUCGAUCUACCGCACCUCGGGGGCAUUUGUGUAUGACUGCAGCAAAUUCUGACCAAAACCUUUUUUUUAAAAAAAAACUGUUCUUUCUUUUCUUUUUCUUUUUUUUUAAUAAUCCAAAGAUUCUUAACACAUUGGCCUCCGUAAAAAAAAAAGGACUCAAAUUUAUACUGAGAGGCAGAAAGCAUAUCUUGGUUUGUAAAGGACAGUGUUACUCCAAAUAACACGUAAGUUUCUUCUCGCUUUUGAGAGCUGUUUUUUUUUUAAAGAUUAUGUUAAAUUUAUAUGUCAGGCUUUCACGGACUUGUUAUUAAAUGUAAAUUGCAUAUAGUAAUUUAUUUUUAAAAUUUUUAGUUGGAUGUCUGGACCAAACACCGGAAAGUGUUUCUAAAUUGAACUGCCUUAACUGUUCAGAAAUGUUCCAUUAUAAAAAGGUAACCUGUAUAUCGCCUUAUUCUUUCGAUUUUUUUGUCCUUAUUUGUUGAGAGUAUUCUGAAGGCAUUGCAUUGUUUGUUUAAUAAAUUGCCAUUCUAUUUGA